AUGACAGCCAAGAGGCUGGCAUUGCCGGCACGGAGCGUCGCCUUCCGGCACGUCUUGGCUCGCCGAUUAAGCCAUACUCGGAGGCUACAUGUGGCGUCACCUCGCCUUGAAGCUGAGCUGACGGCUCCAAACGGGACAAGGUGGACUCAGCCCCUGGGAUUGUUCAUCGACAACCAGUUCAGCGCGAGUGUGUCGGAAGAUUUGAUUACAACUGUCAAUCCCUUCACCGAGCAAGACAUCUGCUCCGUAUCCGCAGCCGGAGAGCAGGAUGUAGACAUAGCAGUCCGAGCAGCCCGCAAAGCACUCAAACACCCUUCCUGGUCGCUGCUGUCCGGCACCGAACGCGGACACCUGAUGAACCGCCUGGCGGACCUGGUCGAACAACACGGCGAAACUCUUGCCGCUAUCGAGACACUGGAUAAUGGCAAGCCGCUGUCAGUAUCGCGCAGCUACGACGUGCCGCAGUUCUCAGAAGUGCUUCGCUACUACGCUGGGUGGGCUGACAAGAGCCAUGGCUCGGUCAUUGACGUUGGCCCAAAGAAGAUGGCCUACACGGUGAAGCAGCCCGUCGGCGUCUGUGGCCAGAUCAUCCCCUGGAACUAUCCCCUCGAUAUGGCGGCGUGGAAACUUGGCCCGGCCUUGUCGUGCGGGAACACGGUCGUGCUGAAGCUGGCAGAGCAGACGCCCUUGUCGAUGCUGUACGUGGCACAGCUCGUUCGCGAAGCUGGAUUCCCACCGGGAGUCAUCAACAUCAUCAACGGACGUGGUGGAGAGGCGGGCGCGGCUCUGGCGCGGCAUCCAGGGGUCGAUAAGAUUGCCUUCACGGGAAGUACGGCAACGGGCAAGGAGGUGAUGCGCAUGGCAGCCGGGACGCUAAAAGCCGUCACGCUUGAGACGGGGGGCAAGUCGCCGCUGGUUGUCUUUGACGAUGCAAAUCUGGAGCAGGCAGUGAGAUGGGCACACGAGGGAGUCAUGGCGAAUCAGGGGCAAGUAUGUACGGCAACGUCGCGGCUGUUGGUACAAGACGGCAUCUACGAGCGAUUCGUGGAGAGACUCAAGGCCUUCACUGAGGAGACAUCCAUCUUGGGCGAUCCGUUUGAUCCUCGGACGUACCAGGGUCCGCAGAUCGGGAGAGCGCAGGCAGAGCGCGUCAUGUCCUACAUCUCGUCGGCACGAGGCGCUGGCGCCAACGUCUUUCAUCCACGGGGACAAUCUCUCCCAUCCACGGGAUACUUUGUUCCGCCAACAAUACUUACGGAUGUGGGCGUUGACACAGCGGCGUUUCAAGAGGAGAUAUUCGGGCCAGUAGCUGCUAUCGCGCGAUUCGGCAGCGAGCAAGAGGCCGUAGAGAUUGCCAACGCAACGAGAUACGGGCUUGCGGGCGCGGUAUUCACAAGGGAUCUCGGGAGGGCACAUCGAGUGGCACGGGAUCUUGAGGCCGGGAUGGUCUGGGUGAACAGCAGCAAUGACUCGGAUGUGAGAGUUCCGUUUGGGGGGGUCAAGGAGAGCGGGCUGGGGAGGGAGCUGGGUGAGGAUGGGCUGAGGGGGUAUUAUACUGUGAAGGCGGUGCAUGUCAACUUGACGGAUGAUUAA